AGACGGAAAAAAAACCUUCAAGGUCCCCGUAUAUGCCGUAUGGGGAGCAUGUGAAGAUGUCUCUGUUCUUGAAAAGUUUCGAAUGAAGAAAUACAGGAUAAAUAAUUUCAACAUUUUAGAUGAGGCAAAUACAUACGUGAUUGAUGUCGGAGGAGUGAGUUUACGACUUUUUGGAUUAGGAGGAGCAGUUAUUCAACAUAAGUUAUUCGACAAUGGGGAAGAAGAGUCUCGUAGAAGUUUCACCGAAUUAUGGACAUCUGUUGGAACCCAAGUGGAAAGCAGUAUCGAUUCGUCACAGAAACAUUUACUGAAUAAUGCGAUGAGCGUUAUUAAUCGUAUUCCCACGCGAGAAGAAGCUUCUUUCAAAAGCAUGUGGCACUUCAACUUACCCGAUGCAGCUUUCGGUUGGGUACUAUUGGACAUAAAAGAAGGAAGAGUUUCAGCAGAGACGAAAGCACAAGGUUUCAACUUUACUUAUCGAAGAAAUGCUGGGUCUGUACUCGGUGCACUUCCUAGUCCACCUUCAAUAGACGCGCAUACCAAACGCCAUGCACCUCAAUGGCAGUCUCCGCCUCAAUCAUCCAAUGGCGGAGCGGCGGCACAGUCGCACGUUUUAACCCCACAAAGAUCCACUUCACCUGUAGCAUCACCCGAUCUUCACAGCAAUUGGAAGCAACCACCAUCUAAUGGAUGGGGAGAUCCAUCGUCUCCAAUUGAAAUGACUUCGUCAUCAAGAGUUGAAGAUCAGAAUAUUAUGGAUCGUACAACUCCAAAGGUCAACGGAAACAACGCUAGCGCCAGUGAAAUCAUAAAUACCAUAAACAACAAUGUCACCAAUAAUCAUGAGAUCACAAGUGUCGCUAGUUCAGAACCAGAUGAUUCCAACAAUAUCAAUGGUAUUCAGGAAACCAGGAGUUGGGCCGAUCAAACGCAGAACGAUGAUUUAGGAGAGUCUUCACAACUUCAAGUUAAUGGAGAAAAUCCAAAUAACGAGGAUGACACGAUCCACACACCAGCACAACAGAUUCGUUAUCAAUACAAUAACAAUCGUCGAAAACAUCCUUACUCCGUUCAGGUUGGAGGUUUGCCGCUACCAGCAUCCGAAAAAGACAUAAAAGAUUUCUUUGCUUUAGCCGAUUGUCAGGUUGAACGCAUCAAGCUUAUUCAUGAUAAGACUUCAAAAGAGCAACUCGACCAUUGCUACGUGGACUUCCAAGACGAAUCUUCUCUGAAAAAAGCUAUCGACUUAAACGGACAGCCAUUCGGACAAAACCAAGCUCUAUUAAAGAUUCGCAAAACGGAUCCCGAGAACCGACAGUCUCGAUUCCGUGGGCGCGGACGCGCGCGUGGGAAUUACAAACAUCGUGGUGGUCAUGGUAAUAAUGGGGCAAACAUGAAGUUUGGUAGUCAACUGAGGGCAGUCCUACAUUCCGAAUGGACCGACUAUUAUGUGGAUUAUGAUGGGCUAAAGAAGCUCCUCAAACGCGCUGAGAAAAAAGAGGGAGGUUAUACGGAAAAAGACGAGUCUCAAUUUGUUGAAAUGUUGGAUAGAGAGUUGGAAAAGGUAUAUGCUUUUCAAAACUCGAAAUACGAAGAUAUAAAGAAUCGGGUUCGUCAAUGCGAAAAUUCCGUGGAGUCUAUCAGCAAAGAUCCAUCUUUGAAUGUAGCAGAAAGAUAUGCUGACAUUGAACGACAGAUUAACUCAAUCACCGAGGAAGUGAACGAACUGGCAAAAUAUGCAAGAUUAAAUUAUACUGGUAUUAUGAAGAUUGUGAAGAAACAUGACAGGCGAACAAGUUACACUCUUCGUCCGCUGUUCAAUGUUCGUUUGAACGCGUGUCCUUUUUACAAAGAAACCUUCGAACCAGUAAUUGUGAAUUUAUCUCAACUUUAUCACAUCGUGCAUAAAGGUUUGGUCGGAGACGAGGUUCCGAGCAAUCUUUCGUCUUCUCUAAAAUCUUCCAAAAUCCCUUCGCAAGAAAAAUUUUUACGUCAAACAAAUAAAUACUGGGUUCACUAUGAUAAUAUAAUGGAAGUUAAAACCACUAUUUUACGUCAUCUUCCGGUGUUACUUUAUAAACCUGGCUCGGAUUCCUCAGUACAUUCGAUCUACUUUGACAAUGAGAUGUUUGAACUUUACCAAGAUAAAGUUGAUCGUAAACCUGGCGACCAAAUUAUCAGAUUGAGAUGGUAUGGUAAAGAGAUACCAAAAAACGAAGUUUUUGUUGAAAGAAAGAUUCGUGAAGAUGGCGAAGAUGAGGUCAAAGAUAGGUUCUCGAUCAAAGAAAAAUAUGUCAGUGGAUUCCUGAAAGGUGAAUAUUCGACGGACAAAAUUAUCAAAAAAAUGAAGGAAACUCCCGGCAAGACCGAGGAAGAUAUUCAAAACUUCCUAAAGGUAGUCAAGGACAUUCAGAAUACUAUCGGUGAAAAGAAGUUACAGCCAGUUCUUCAAACAUACUGCAAUCGUAUGGCGUUCCAGAUUCCUGGCGAUUCGCGUGUCAGAAUUUCUCUUGAUACUGAUUUCUAUAUUAUUCGCGAAGACAAUUUCGAUGAUGUGAAUCGCCGACCAGAAGGUUAUUGGCGAAGAAUGGAUAUUAUCGAUGAUAACUUUAUUAAAUUAGCUCCUUCGGAAUGUGUCAAGUUUCCUUAUGCAGUGUUGGAAAUAAAACAUAAUUUAGGGGAAGGAGAGAAGGAACAGGACUGGGUUAAGGAAUUGGUGGGAAGUAACUUGGUCGAAGAAGCUCCGCAAUUUUCAAAAUAUGUUCACGGAGUAGCAACCCUGUUUACAUCUAAAGCCCCCUCUCUGCCUUAUUGGCUGCCCAACAUUGAUAAAGACAUACUCAAACCUCCGAAUGUACGUCAACCUGAUGAAAAUGAUGAACCGGCAUCUUCAUCAUCAAUUUUAAUCGCGCCCGGACGUUCAAGGCGUGGUAUAGGAAAAAGUGCAGUUGACGUUGGGGACGCUGGUGAUCCUAAGAAUAAGGGCAAAGCGAUUGCCUUGAAUAUUGAAGAAGACGAAGAACAGGUUGACGAAAGUACACCAUUGCUCGAAGAAGUCGAAGAUGCACCAACAAACAAGCUUAUUGGCCUUACAACCUUCAAUAGAAUCUUUCGGAAAAAGUCACCCGACCCGUACGCCCUUAACUUUAGAAUCCCAGUUAAGGUUGGAGGGCCUAUUCGCGUCGAACCCAAGGUUUACUUCGCAAACGAAAGAACUUUCUUCUCUUGGAUGAGGUUCAGUGUGCUAUUAGGCACAUUAUCUCUGGGAUUGUUUAAUGCGGCUACUUCAGAAAACAGACUUGCGAUGCUUUUUGGUGCAAUAUAUGCAUUAAUCAGCGUUGGAGUUUUGAUAUAUUCUCUAUUCAGAUACAAAAAGAGAUGUAAAAUGAUUAACGAUAAAUACCCCGGCCCAUACG